AUGGCUCAGACUGAGCAAUCCAACGGAGAAUCAAGGACUGAGCCUAUCAGAAUGGACAAACCCAUAUGUCAAAUCAUCACACCAGUCGGCAUGUUAGGCUACGGCUUCGACGAAAAACUAACAUAUCACGAACUCACCGGUCUAGACCCCAACAUACCAACAGCUAUCAUUCUAGACUCUGGCUCUACAGAUAGUGGACCGCAGAAGUUGGCUCUUGGAUCAAUGACCUCUCCUCGGUCAUCUUAUGUUAAAGAUCUGUCUAAACUUCUGAAGCUGGUUCAUACGUUUGAUGUACCGCUUAUUUUUGCUUCAGCUGGUGGUGAUGGUACUGAUGAGCAUGUGAAAGAAAUGGAAGAAAUUAUCAAGGAUAUUACCGAGGAGGCAGGAAAUGGUGAUUACUCGUUCAACACCAUCUCUUUAUUCUCAAACAUCAACAAGGACACCAUCCUCGAACGAUUCAACCAGGGCCGUCUUACAGGCUGUGGCCCCUGCGUCCCUCCUGCCUCCGAAGAAGAGAUUCAAUCUUCCCUCCGCGUAGUAGCUCAAAUGGGCUACGAACCCUUCCUCGACGCCAUGAACGCCAAUCCAGACUUCGACAUCAUCAUCGGCGGCCGGGCCUACGAUCCCUCGCCAUAUGCAGCAUAUUGCGUCCACCAGCUCAUGCGCCAGACAGACAUAACUGAUGAGCAACUUCACUCCAGCUUGGGAGGGUUUCUACACAUGGGGAAGAUCCUCGAGUGUGGAGGUCAAUGUUCUACUCCUAAGUCUCAUGGAGCUGUGGCUAGUGUCUAUGCGAGUGGGUUAUUUGAUAUUAGACCUAUGGCUCCUGAUUCAGUUUGUACGACUCUUUCUGUUGCUGCGCAUACUCUUUAUGAGAAUACACGACCAGAUGUUCUUCGUGGACCUGGCGGUUCCAUCCAUCUCGACAACUCCCAUUACGAGCAACUAUCCGAUGGAAAGACCGUUCGAGUAAGCGGUAGUAGAUACCGCUCGUCAGAGAAAGACGGUGCACCGUACCAGUUCAAACUUGAAGCUGCGCGCAUAGUGGGAUAUCGAUCUAUGUUCAUGGGCAGCGUGAAAGACUAUAUCCUCAUUUCGCAAAUAGACAAGGUUCUAGCACGCGUAAAGCUUUACGUAGCCCAACAACACCCCGAAAUCACAAGUCACUGGAAAGUAGAUUUCCACGUCUAUGGAAAGGGACAAUUCCCAGGACAGUUGUUUAUUGUUGCGGAGGCACUUGCUUCGACGCAGCAGUUGGCGAAUAGUAUUGCGUCGAAAGCUAGAGUUGGGAUGAUCCAUGCUCCAUACCCAGGACAGAAAGCUACCGCUGGAAACUUUGGGUUCGGAAUUGGAGGCUUAAUGGAGCUUGAGUUGGGACCUUGUGCGGAGUUUUCGCUUUAUCAUUUGAUGGAGCUGGAGAGUCAUGAGCAGCGUGUUUUUCCGGUCGGUGAUGGAAGGCUUGAAGGACCGCUUUUGCGAGGGAGUGUUUCUCGAAUUGGCAAUGGAUCUAUGAAGCCAAGAGUCAGGGAUCUGCCUAAGAUCCCAGGCGAGAUGCUAUUCAUGCCAGGCGCAGAGCACAUAGCACCAGCUCCAUCCCAACCCAUCACAAAUCCCCAAACCCUAUCAGACCUUUGCAGCGUCCUCCGUUCCAAAAACGCAGGACCCUACGAAAUCACCAUUGACGCAAUAUUCUCAUCCAAAGAGAUCUACAACACCGUCAAAACCUCCGGUCUUCUCUCUCCAAGCAAUGUAGCCAAAGCCAUUGGUGUUGCAGAAGAGAAUAUCAUCUGGAUCGGGUUUUUUGACCCAGCUAUCUCAUUCAAGGUAACUAUACCGAGGGUUAGGAUGGGUGUGAAGAAGGCAGCCGGUGGAUUUAUGGAGAAUGAUAUUCAUGGAUCGCAAGAGCAUAUGGGGCUUGCGAGCAAGAACUUCUAUCGUACUUUCAACAUGGCUGUUCCUCAAAGACAGACUCCUCGCAUUGAGGACCUCUGUGCAUUCUACGUCGGCAAAAGCAUCCACGAUGCCCCCAAACCAGCAGUUAUCCUUGACAAAGCCAAGAUCAAUCGCCAUUGUCAGUCUAUGCUCAAGGCAGUCGACACGCUUGGUCUCGGAUUCCGCGCACACGUCAAAACUCACAAGACAAUAGAAGUCGCCCGUCUCCAAUCCGGCCAAGGAAGUGGUGAUGUCAAACUCAUCGUAUCCACCCUUGCAGAGAUUGACCAUCUCCUCCCUCUAUUCAAAGAGUACAAAGCUGCAGGUCGUCGUCUAGACAUUCUCUACGGCCUUCCCCUUCCACGCUCUCAAAUCCCUCGCUUAGCUGCUCUCGGCACGGAGUUAGGACCAGGCAGUAUCUCCGUGCUCAUCGACCAUCCCUCUCAACUUCAAUCCGUCAAGGAUUUCUCCCAGCAUGCUAAGUUUCCGGCGAGGGUCUUUUUAAAGGUCGAUACAGGAUAUCAUCGCGCUGGUCUACCGCCGACGUAUAUGAAUAAGAAUGGUCUGAUUGAGAGUCUUGCGCAGCUUGAGGUGAGUGGAGAGGCUGAGUUGUUGGGGUUGUAUUCGCAUAGUAGUCUGAGCUAUGCGGACUCAACGCCUGAACAAGCGAUGGGGAAUCUAGAGGGGGAAAUUCAGGGAUGUUUGGAGGCGGUCAAUGCCCAAGCACAAUUAUUCGCCAAGGAGAAGCAACUUAUCAUUAGUGUCGGUGCUUCUCCUCAGGUCACGGCUGUCGAAAACUUGGUCACUUCCGAAGGGGAUUUAUCACCAGCAGCUGCUUCCCUGCGCAAGGCUAUCGAAACAGUUACCACUGGUCAGCCCGGUGGUCUGAAAACCAAGCUGGAGCUUCAUGCGGGUGUGUACUCCAUUCUCGACAUGCAACAAGUCUCCACCAACUCAAGAAGACACCUCGGUUCUGCCGAAGACGAAAUCGCCAUUUCUGUCAUCGCAGAAGUAUGCAGCGUCUACAACGACAAGGAACGUGCGCAACCCGAAGCUCUCGUCGCUGUCGGAACGCUAGGACUCGGUCGAGAGCCUUGUGCUGCUUACUCCGGCUGGGGAGUUGUUAGUCAAGUUUCUGGAACGAGACGAUUGAUCGUUGAUCGGGUUAGUCAGGAGCAUUCGAUAUUGGCGUGGGAGUAUGGUAAGGAUGAGGAUACUUCUGCGAUUCCACCUGUGCCGUUGGAGGUUGGACAGAAUGUGGUGAUUUUUCCGAAUCAUGCUUGUGUCACUGGGGCUUUGUAUGGGUGGUAUCUCGUUGUUGACUCGGAGGAGGGUGACGGGAAGACGAUUGUUGAUGUUUGGGGAAGGGCUAGUGGGUGGUAG